AUGAAUUCUAUCAAUCGAAAUCCCAAGCCUAUUUCAAGAAAGCCAUCAUCAUUUAGGCCAUCAGGAUUGAACAUAACUCCCACGACUAAUAAAUUAGGGAGAUUUUCCAGCAAGAGUGAUUUACUAGCACGGUUUCAAGAUACUGAAAAUAAUAACGAAGAAGACGAUAUAUUUGGGGGAGAUGCAUUUAAUGAUUUACCUAUUGAAGAUGAAUUUAAAACUUUGAAGAUUAACCCUAAUGAAUUAGAAACAUUAAGGCUAAAAAAUGAUCAUGCCACAAUCAAUAAUAAUAAUAUUAAGAACCGAAUUCAUCAGUUUCGAGAAGAUGAUACCGAUGAUAUGGGUUUUGAAGAUGAUGACUUUUCUCGUGGUAACUUGCACUUGAACUAUAGAACAACUUUAAAUGAGCCAGAUGAUGACGAGUUGAAGCUAUCACCUGGAACUAUAUCGACAUCAUCACCAAAGCCAAGAAUGAGAAGCAAAUCUUUAUCAGAAUAUAGUGAAGAUACAAAUGACACUGAUGUAACUUCACAAUUCAAUGAUGAUGAUUUCGAUAAUAUUAAUGAUGUAGAUGAUAUAUUUGGAAAUGAAGAAAGUGGAAUAUACAGUAGUGGAGGAAAUGGCAAUACCAGCAAAGCUAAUAGGCAUUUAUUAAUGAAACAACAAAAAUUACAGAAUGACGCAGAAAUCGAAGAAAGAGAGUUAUUUAAGAAAUAUAAGCGUCUUACAAAUGAAGAAACUAAUACUUUGAAAUUGAAAGAUUUCACAGUCUACGGCCACAACCCCAUUGAUACUGAUGCAUUAGAGAAUGAAAAAACUGUUGAUUAUGAGUAUACUAAAGAUGAUUUUGAGAAUUUUGAAGAUGGUUUUGAUACGGAUGUUCCCAUAAAAUUAGAUGUUGAUAAACUUAAGCAAUAUUCUCGCGGCGAUAAGAGUGUAAGAAUGAAGAAUUCUAUGCCAAAUUUUAAUAACAAGAAUAAAUUGUCAAAAGCGAAAAAGUAUAAAUCAUCAAUGGAUUUGGUUAAUGAAUUUGAAACUCAACAUCCUGUGUUUAAUAAUAAUAACAAAAUUAUACGAAAAUUGGAUCGGAUACCCUCUUUUUAUACUAAGAAUGAUGCAAUGAAAUCAAAUAAUUCAAAAUUAAACCAGGAUAUUGAAUUGGAAAAACAACAGUUGUUAAAUAAAUAUAUGGAGAUAACAGAGAAGCAAAACCGCUUAAAUAAUAGACAUCGUAAAAAGAACCUAUCCAUGAAAAAUCCAAAUGGAAAAAAUAAACGAAUUGGAUUGGUUAGAUAUUUGAACGAUAAUCCAAUACCUCAACCAAACAAUAACAGUAAAAUGAAGUAUAACCCCAUUAACAAGAAGUGGGAAGGUAAUGAUAUAGAGUUGGUUAAAUUUGAAAACUUGAACGUACCCAAACCACUGCUAAUAUCCUUCAAUGAUUUCAAAAAUAAUAUGAAAGAUAAAAAGAUUCAAGGAAAUAUGGUUUAUGACCCAGAUCAAUUAAAAUGGAUAAACUUGAAUAAGGAUGAGGACAAUAUUUUUCAAGGCUUAUCAGAUUUGCCAGAUCUACAAAUUGAUAAACGAUCUGUCUCAAAUUCGCCUACAAAGAAUAUAGGCAGAGGGGUGAGUGCGUUUACACAAAGAACUGGAUCUACCAACUCCAUUGCAUCUAGCAAUACAAAUGGUAAUGAGUUUGAAAUACCUCCAAAGCUAAUAGAGAAGUUCCACAAGGAAGAAAUGAAGUUGCUGAAGAAAAUCAACUACUGGUUUCAACAGCAAAACUACGAUUUAAUUAAUAGUGACUUCAAUCAUAAUUAUUUUUGGGAGAUCAGAAAAAUGGUAAUCGAUAAUGAAGAUUAG